ACGACAAGGGUAAAAGUAGAAGAAGUGCUCUAGCUGCUGUGUGGCUGUGUGCCCUGCUCUGCAGUGUCCAAUCCGCGGCGCGAACAUUCGAAUGUAAAAAUGGCGACCAGUGGGAAGUUGUCUUUUAAGGUCCUCAAAAGUGCAAACAGCACAUUUGAAACGCAAGCGACGGACUCCACCAUCGUCGAAGAAAAGUUAUUCGGCCAAAGGGAAGAAGACGACGAUGAGCCGGUGGUGUUCAUCUGCGGGAAAUGCAGGCUCCCGGUCGGGGAUUCCAUGUCUUGGGAUGGAAGUGAAGACGGACAAAAUCAGAUACGGUUGAAACGAGUCACUGACAAUGUUUUGGUUGGAAAGGACGCUCGUCUGCAUGAAGCCAGCAAAGGUUCUCUUUGUCUCAUUGUGGAUUUGAUGUGCCGAGGCUGCCACUCCGUGCUGGGAAUGGUCUACUCCUCCACCCCCAAGAGCCUGGACCACAAGAGAUACACGUUCUGUUUCAAUGUGGCCGACAUUGACAGCUAUGUGCUGGGCUCUGCAAGUCAGAUGUUGGCAGCAGAGGGCCCCAAGGAGCAGCCGGUGACGCUGGAGUACAGAGGCCAUGUUGAACAGCAGCUGUUGGAGAUGAAGAUGCUGGUGGUGUCCAUGGCUCAGAGGUUGGAGGAGAUCGAGGGCGGCCUUCAGGACGGAUGUAAUGACGCGUGACACAAAUUGUCAACCUCGUUCCUCUGUCUUUUACCUCUGUUCAAACAAAGGCAUCCUGGCCCCACCCUGACCCGCUCCUUGCCAUCAAUCACGUUGUCAGAAGGGCGGGCAGGAGGGGGUGGCCUUGUGACGCCGCCACCUGAGCGGACGCUCUCCGGCAGCAGAAUGCCUGUGUCAGCACAUCAGCGCCUCAAUCGAUGCAGUUGCCUUUGUCCUCCUUCACAUUUAUGUUUGCCACAUUUCAUUGUUGUUUAAGGCGUUGAAAUAAAGUUAAU